AUGUCUGAAACUGAAGAGGCUGUAGAGGCAUUCUCUGAAAUGAACCUCGGUGAUGCGCAUAAACAGUUUGGCGAGAACAGAGAAGCCAAUCUGAGUGCAAGCUGUAAAGAUACUGUGGUCACUGUCGGAGCCACUGUACCAACUGGCUUUGAGCUGACUGCUGCAGAUGAAGUGCAAGAGAAACUAGGGUCACAGUCUAGGAUUAGCAAGGAUCGAGGAAAAAUCUAUUUUGAAAUUCCUGUAAUCAGUCUUCCACAGGUACACCAGUUAAGAUCAGUGGACAAUUUAUUUGUUGUAGUUCAGGAGUUCAAAGAUUAUCAGUUCAACAAGACUAAGGAAGAAGCACUAAAGGAUUUAGAGGAUCUAGCUAAGAAACUGCCCUGGACUGACCCUUUGGAAGUAUGGAAACUAAAUACAAGCCUUAAGAAAAAGAAAACAAGACAAAGAAAAGGCAGUCAACAGAGUAAUACAAAGAAACACAAACUGGAGGGUGACAUGAAAGGAGAGAGUACUGACAAAGAUCUGCAUGAACCUCUGCAAAAUAUUUUAGGCUUGGCGUCUGCUGAAAUUCAGGAUGCACACAAAACGGAUGAAGCGGUACCACCAAACAAAGAUGAACAAUCUGAUGCUAAAAAUGAGAGCGCGUCCAAUGGUGAAAAUGAAUCUGGUGACUGCAAGAAGAGUGAAAUGGAAGGUCAGGUGCUAAAGUUCCGGGUGACCUGCAACAGAGCUGGUGAUAAUCACAGCUUUACAUCAAAUGAGGCAGCCAGAGAUUUUGGAGGCGCUGUGCAAGAUUUCUUCCAGUGGAAAGCAGACAUGACCAAUUUUGACGUGGAGGUUCUUCUGAACAUUCACAAUAAUGAAGUGGUAGUGGGGAUUGCCUUAACUGAGGAGAGUCUUCAUAGAAGAAAUAUUACACAUUUUGGUCCCACAACCCUUCGAUCCACCCUAGCCUAUGGUAUGCUCAGACUUUGUGAUCCUCAGCCAGCGGAUAUAAUAAUUGAUCCAAUGUGCGGAACAGGUGCCAUACCAAUAGAGGGGGCUGCUGAAUGGCCUAAUUGCUUUCAUAUUGCUGGGGAUAACAAUCCACAGGCUGUGAAGAGAACAGCAAAUAAUAUCUCCUCUUUGCUGAAGCAAAUUCAAGGCAAAGAAAGCUCAUCCAGUGGCAAACCCAUAGAUAAUAUACAGUGGGAUAUCUGCAGUCUACCAUUAAGAACUGGCUCUGUGGAUGUCAUUGUGACAGAUAUGCCAUUUGGAAAGAGAAUAGGGUCUAAGAAAAAGAACUGGGAUCUCUACCCAGCCUGCCUUAUGGAGAUGGGUCGGAUCUGCAGACCAAGGACUGGCAGAGCUGUGCUGUUGACUCAAGACAGGAAAUGCUUUGCCAAGGCCUUGUCCAAAAUGGGACACAUAUGGCGAAAGUCGCACACCAUUUGGGUGAAUGUCGGGGGACUCCAUGCUGCUGUGUAUCUUCUGAAACGUCUUGGAGAAAAAAAUGAAGAGACAAAAUCAAAGUAGUAA